AGCACCUGGGCCGGUAUGUGCGGAGCAGCCGCUCAAUGCGGUACAAUAAAUUAAUGCUGGCUACGAGGAAAGGGCGUGAAUUGGACCCUGCGCUGCUGUGUCCGGACGCUCCAGGCCCGGGCUGGGGCAGGCACGAGCAGGGCGGAGGCUGCUCUGCGGGGGGUUGCCAUCUCCUGGGGUGACACGUUUCCAGCAGGCGCUACCCAGUGUCUGUGAUCGUCCAGCGGCAUUGUCGAGGGCUGGCACCGACUGGGGGAUAACAAAGGCCGGGGACAGCCUCGCCGGUGCCUGCCCGCUCUGCAUCGCGUGGUGCUCGCAGUAGGUGACUGGCGAUUAGUCGCUGCCGCUGCUGUCCAUGAAGUUUCCAGUCCCACUGCUCCGCUUGGGUGCGGGUUCCUCUGGGGAACAACAAGCAAACAUCGCUGAAGUUGCGAAGAGGCAAACAAAAUAUCAAAAAAACCCACAAAAACCUUGGAUCAUAGUUUUGGCCUUGUACAGGAGAACAGAAGAGAAGCUGUCAUGCUUUGCAUGUCAAGUAGCUACUGAGCUGCUUGACAGCUUCUGGAUUCCAGCCCCACUGGGAAUGAGGCAGCACAGGAAACCAUGAGUAAUGAGUCCUGUGGUCUGCUUCUGCUGCUAUAACACCAUGGCAGGCAGUCCAUGAUCCAAUAGGAGGAUCUGUCCUAGGAAGGCAGCGCUGGAAUUGGUAAUUUAUUCCUUGAGAAAGGAGAGGAAAAACCUUUGGGAAAAUACAGUUGGUGGAUAACAUGUAAAAAGAAGUCCACACACAUUGGGAUACUGAUGCAUUCUCGCUGGGUUUGUGGAUCCACUUGGAGAAGGGUUUUUUGACAUUUUCCCCCCCCCCCACUCCAAAGUUGGUAAUGUGGGGUUUUGGUAAAAUUUCUGCUGACUCAUACAUGCCUAGACACCUCUUGCUAAACCAAGUUGAUAAGUGAGUAAGCCUAUUGGUGCCUUCUUUUUUGCUGAAGAUCUCUUGCAGUUCAGCCAAGAUUGACCACCCAACACGUGGGUCAUUCCUUGUAGGGGAUCCCAGCUCACACGUGCAUCUUGGGCACUCACAACCUGGGCCUCUCAUGCUAGGGAGGCAUUUACAAUAACCACAGUGUAAAGGGGAAAUAAGAGUGAGUCAACUGUCUAGCGUGAGAGGUGACUGGAAAGAUUUUACCCUGUCUGCUCCAGCCCCCCUCCCACCUUCCCCCCCUCCACACCCCCCUCUCCCCCGCCCAACCCCACGAAGCAUGGGGGCUGUGCUCCUCAAGCGUGGGGGCUGUCUCCUGCUGUGGCUGGCCCUGCUGCUGGGCUGCUGGACUGAGCUUGGCAGUGGCCUGGAGUUCCCAGGGGCUGAGGGCCAAUGGACCCGCUUUCCCAAGUGGAAUGCCUGCUGUGAGAGUGAAAUGAGCUUCAAUAUGAAGACACGCAGCUCCAGUGGGUUGGUCCUCUAUUUUGAUGAUGAGGGGUUCUGUGACUUCCUGGAGCUGAUCUUGACUCAAGGUGGGAGGCUUCAGCUCAGCUUCUCUAUCUUCUGUGCUGAGCCUGCCACCCUGCUGAUUGACACACCUGUCAAUGACAACCUCUGGCACACAGUGGUCAUCCGCCGCCAUUUUAAGAACACAACACUGCUCAUUGACCAGACCGAGGCAAAGUGGGUGGAAGUGAAGUCCAAGCGGCGUGACAUGACUGUCUUCAGUGGCCUCUUCUUGGGUGGGCUCCCACCCGAGCUCCGCUCAGCAACCCUGAAACUGACACUUUCCUCGGUGAAGGACCGGGAGCCGUUCAAGGGCUGGAUAACUGAUGUCAGGGUCAACUAUACACAGGCCUCACCUGUGGAGAGUCAGGAGGUGCGGCUGGAUGAUGAGCAGAGCCGCCUGUGCGCCAGGGAUGAUGUUUGCCUCAACGGUGGCAUCUGCUCGGUGCUCAACGACCAGGCUGUCUGCGACUGCUCACAAACUGGCUUUCGGGGGAAGGACUGCAGUGAAGAAGACAACUAUGUGGAAGGUCUGGCGCACCUGAUGAUGGGCGACCAAGGAAAAGAAGAAUAUAUUGCAACAUUCAAGGGAUCGGAAUAUUUCUGCUAUGAUUUGUCCCAGAACCCCAUACAGAGCAGCAGUGAUGAAAUAACUCUGUCAUUUAAAACUCUUCAGAGGAACGGACUGAUGCUUCAUACAGGAAAAUCAGCUGAUUAUGUCAAUCUUGCACUGAAAAAUGGAGCUGUCUCGUUGGUCAUUAAUUUGGGCUCAGGGGCCUUUGAAGCACUGGUGGAACCUGUGAAUGGAAAAUUUAAUGACAAUGCCUGGCAUGAUGUGAAAGUAACCAGGAAUCUGCGUCAGCACUCAGGCAUUGGACACGCUAUGGUAAACAAACUACAUUGUUCGGUGACAAUAUCAGUGGAUGGAAUUCUGACUACUACGGGCUACACGCAAGAAGACUACACCAUGCUGGGUUCUGAUGACUUUUUCUAUGUUGGUGGCAGUCCUAGCACAGCAGACCUACCAGGGUCACCAGUCAGUAACAACUUUAUGGGCUGUCUCAAAGAGGUUGUAUAUAAAAAUAACGAUGUCAGACUGGAGUUAUCUCGACUUGCCAAGCAAGGAGAUCCUAAAAUGAAGAUUCAUGGAGUUGUAGCAUUUAAAUGUGAGAAUGUUGCAACCUUGGAUCCAAUCACAUUUGAAACACCGGAGUCUUUCAUCUCUUUGCCAAAGUGGAAUGCCAAGAAAACAGGGUCAAUAUCAUUUGACUUUCGCACAACUGAGCCAAAUGGACUGAUUCUUUUCAGUCAUGGAAAACCAAGGCAUCAGAAAGAUGCCAAACACCCACAAAUGGUAAAGGUUGACUUUUUUGCCAUUGAGAUGCUUGAUGGUUACCUUUACCUGCUGUUAGAUAUGGGAUCGGGUACUAUUAAAAUAAAAGCCUUGCAAAAGAAAGUGAAUGAUGGAGAGUGGUACCAUGUGGACUUUCAGCGGGAUGGACGGUCAGGUACCAUUUCUGUGAACACAUUACGUACACCUUACACUGCACCAGGAGAAAGCGAAAUCCUAGACCUAGAUGAUGACUUGUAUCUUGGGGGCUUGCCAGAAAAUAAAGCAGGGCUGGUCUUUCCAACAGAGGUGUGGACAGCACUUCUCAAUUACGGAUAUGUUGGCUGCAUCAGAGACUUGUUUAUUGAUGGCCAAAGCAAGGAUAUUCGACAAAUGGCUGAAAUUCAAAGCACUGCUGGAGUUAAACCCUCAUGCUCAAGAGAAACUGCAAAACCAUGCCUGAGCAACCCCUGUAAAAACAAUGGUGUAUGCAGGGAUGGGUGGAACAGAUAUAUCUGUGAUUGUUCUGGUACAGGCUACCUUGGCAGAUCAUGUGAGAGAGAGGCAACAGUUUUAAGCUAUGAUGGAAGUAUGUUUAUGAAGAUACAGCUCCCUGUUGUGAUGCAUACAGAGGCAGAAGAUGUGUCCUUACGGUUCAGGUCUCAGCGAGCUUAUGGCAUUUUAAUGGCAACUACUUCUAGGGAAUCUGCAGAUACACUUCGUUUAGAGCUGGAUGCAGGACGAGUUAAACUAACGGUCAACCUAGACUGUAUCAGGAUUAACUGUAAUUCCAGCAAAGGUCCAGAAACCCUUUUUGCUGGCUAUAACCUCAAUGAUAAUGAGUGGCACACGGUACGUGUGGUUCGUCGAGGAAAAAGUUUAAAGUUAAUGGUGGAUGACCAACAAGCUAUGACAGGUCAAAUGGCUGGUGAUCACACGAGACUGGAAUUCCAUAACAUAGAGACAGGAAUAAUAACAGAACGCCGCUACCUGUCCUCUGUUCCCUCUAAUUUCAUUGGACAUCUGCAGAGUCUCACAUUUAAUGGCAUGGCAUACAUUGACCUAUGUAAAAACGGAGACAUUGAUUAUUGUGAGCUAAAUGCCAGAUUUGGGUUCAGGAAUAUCAUAGCAGAUCCUGUCACCUUCAAAACAAAAGCAAGCUAUGUUGCACUGGCCACACUACAAGCCUACACAUCUAUGCACCUUUUUUUCCAGUUCAAAACAACAUCACUGGAUGGACUGAUACUCUAUAACAGUGGAGAUGGAAAUGAUUUCAUUGUAGUUGAAUUAGUUAAAGGGUAUUUACACUAUGUGUUUGAUUUGGGAAAUGGUGCGAAUCUCAUCAAAGGAAGUUCUAAUAAACCUCUGAAUGACAAUCAGUGGCACAAUGUGAUGAUAUCGAGGGAUACCAAUAAUCUUCAUACUGUGAAGAUUGACACUAAAAUCACAACACAAAGCACAGCAGGAGCCAGAAACUUAGACCUCAAAAGUGAUUUGUAUAUUGGAGGAGUGGCGAAAGAAAUGUAUAAAUCCUUACCAAAACUGGUACAUGCAAAGGAGGGAUUUCAAGGUUGCCUUGCAUCAGUUGACUUAAAUGGACGUCUGCCCGAUCUGAUCUCGGAUGCCCUGUUUUGCAAUGGGCAAAUAGAAAGAGGAUGUGAAGGCCCCAGUACCACAUGCCAAGAGGAUUCGUGUGCAAACCAAGGAGUGUGCUUGCAGCAGUGGGAUGGAUUCAGCUGUGACUGCAGUAUGACCUCCUUUAGUGGACCAUUGUGCAAUGACCCGGGAACAACAUAUAUCUUUAGCAAAGGUGGUGGACAAAUCACAUACACGUGGCCUCCUAAUGAUCGGCCAAGCACUCGUGCUGACAGACUGGCAAUAGGGUUUAGCACUGUUCAAAAAGAAGCAGUUUUGGUACGAGUAGACAGUUCUACUGGGCUUGGAGACUAUUUAGAGCUGCAUAUUCACCAGGGAAAAAUUGGAGUUAAGUUUAAUGUUGGAACUGAUGACAUCUCUAUCGAAGAGAUCAACGCAAUCAUUAAUGAUGGAAAAUACCAUGUAGUACGUUUUACAAGAAGUGGUGGCAAUGCCACAUUACAGGUGGACAGCUGGCCAGUUAUAGAACGUUACCCGGCAGGAAACAAUGAUAACGAGCGCCUGGCGAUUGCUAGACAGCGAAUUCCAUAUCGACUUGGUCGAGUAGUUGAUGAAUGGCUACUCGACAAAGGGCGUCAGCUUACAAUCUUCAAUAGCCAAGCAACCAUAAAAAUUGGAGGCAAAGAACAGGGUCAUCCAUUCCAAGGCCAGCUCUCUGGUCUUUACUACAAUGGCUUGAAAGUUCUGAAUAUGGCAGCUGAAAAUGAUGCUAACAUCGUGAUAGAAGGAAAUGUGAGACUUGUUGGUGAAGUGCCUUCUUCUAUGACAACUGAGUCAACAGCCACCGCAAUGCAGUCUGAGAUGUCCACGUCAGUUAUGGAAACUACCACCACUUUGGCCACAAGCACUGUCAGAAGAGGAAAGACCCCUACAAAAGAACCUAUUGGUCAGACCACAGAUGACAUCCUGGUUGCCUCGGCUGAAUGUCCCAGUGAUGACGAGGAUAUUGAUCCCUGUGAGCCGAGCUCAGGUGGGUUAGCAAAUCCUACCAGAGCAGGAGGAAGAGAAUACCCAGGCUCAGCUGAAGUGAUUCGAGAAUCCAGCAGCACAACAGGCAUGGUGGUUGGAAUCGUUGCAGCAGCGGCACUGUGUAUCCUAAUCCUUCUUUAUGCCAUGUACAAGUACAGAAACAGAGAUGAAGGCUCGUACCAUGUAGAUGAGAGUCGAAACUACAUCAGUAACUCAGCACAGUCCAAUGGGGCUGUGAUUAAGGAAAAACAGCCCAACAGUGCUAAAAGUUCCAACAAGAACAAGAAAAAUAAGGAUAAGGAAUACUAUGUCUGAUCCCAACAUCUAAGAGAACACUUGUAUAGAAAUAGUCUUCAUUUUAUCUGAGACAUAAUACAAACUUAUUUACUUUACUUUUUAUGAAGCACAUAAAAAAAGAAGACAGGGAACGCAAUCAGAAAGGAAAGACUGUUUUAAAAACAAGCAUUUCAUGCUCUUGUUUUUCAGAAACAGGAGCCAAUAAAUUUCUAAACAUCCACAGUGUUUUCACUUACUCUGCCUGUCUUUAUGUUGCUGGAACAUUUCUGAAAGACGAUGAUGACACCACGCAUUCAUAAAGCAACGAGUAUUACUACAACAUCAAGGCACAAUAUGAAACAAACUAAAUAAAAAAAACAAAACUCACACACACACACACACACAGAGAAAAAAAAAGAAGCUACCUAUGAUUCUGGAUUUAGCCAAAGUGCUAGCGCUUUCUUGAGAAGUAAGUUAGUCUUAUUGCCAGAGAAGACUGUCAUUAUAUAUGGUGACUCAACAAGCAAACAUAAAAAGUUUGCCACCUGGUGCAGUAAAACUGAUUGGAAACUUGCAUUUGAAAUGAAGUGCUGGCUUUUCUGAAGACUUAUGUAAAAACAUUUUCAAAAAGCCCCUUUCUGGUUGUGAGGAAAUAGUAUGGAGGCCUUAUUUUCAAAAACAAAACAAAAAAAUGUGGAAUAUAAGGCACAUUUUCACAAAAAGCAAACAAGAGGGCAUAGAUACAAUCAUUGGGAAAUUUUCAUGCACGCUUAAUAUGUUAUUACAUAUGUUUAUAUAAAACACAUCUAUAUGUGCUUUCUGGACCGUGAUAAGUGAUGUUUUAUAGCCUGUUGUAUAGAAAAUGCAAACUAUAUCUGCUCUUCAGCCAUUUUUGGUAAACUCAAUGUUCUAAGUGUUCCUAGAUAUAGAAAGUUUUAUGACAUCUGGAGCAACAGACAUAAAUUCAGUUUUUUGCAGCCACUAUAAAUUGUCACAAAUUUCUUCCUUUUUUUUUAAAUUUACAGUGUAGUGAUUAUACUAAGGGGAUGUGUAUGAAUGUAUAUAAGAGUCAGCUAAUUUUUUUCUUACCUGUACAGCCUCUAUUCUGUUGCAAUUCAGUUAUAGUAGUUUGUAUGAAAGAAGUGGAUUAAAAAGCAAAAAAUAUAUAUCUAUUGUAACUUUCCUCUCCCCUCUAGUCCCCGUCCCCUGCUCCCAAUGUACAUCAAUAAAGUCAAUCAGAAUCACAGAUUUUCCCAUAAAUGUACCACAUUCAUAAAUGAGUUAUCAUUUAGCAAGGUAAAGUGACUUUUGGGCUCUAAUCAAGGUUUCAUCACUGAAUAGUCUGUUUUGCUUUACAGAAAUCUUGCUCCCCAGGAAACUAUGAAAAAGUUUAAUUCCUUGUGAAUCUUAAUAUGAAUCAUACAGCAUGUAUCUGUCAUUCUUUUACUACACUGUUGGUUGGUAAGAGACCUAAAAAGGUCUACCACUUUAAAUUACUUCCACUGAGGAAUUACCCUUCCCCUAAAUAAAUAAAUAAAUAAGUUGAGGUGCAUCUUGCUAAACAUUUUUCAAAGAUGUGCAUUUUGUCAUAUAAAUAACAAGGAGUCCAGUGGCACCUUAAAGACUAACAGAUUUA